GUCCCAACACCACCUAGAUAAGUUCAGGCCUCUUCACUCCGGCGCGCCUUCGUGUGACGUCAUUCAACUUUGCCCGAGCCUCUCACGCCAACACCACCUAGCUCACGCCGUACCAGCAGCGUUUCGGCGUGUCCGGGCAUGUUGACAGGCAAGGAGGAGGGCGACCUCUCUCGAGAGAGCGAGCACCGUGGCACCGUGGUAGCCCGUAGCUUUGCGGCAGAGCCGUAAGUUGUCCGAGUGUCCGACAGGUGGCGGCAGCCGUGACAAUUAUUUCACUCUGUCGUUGAACGAGACCACGCGGCCACGCCGUGCGCGCUGUUCCGUGUUGCAGUUACCGCUUCCGCCGAAUUUAUUUUGUUGACGAAUGUAUCCUGAGACAUGGGGCGGUGUUGUGUACCCAACUGUCGAGGGAACUAUGACAAUGGUCCGAAAGUCCGGUUGUUUUCUUUUCCGAGAGACGCUAAGCGAAGAGCGGAAUGGCAGCGGGCUGUGCGACGGAGCGACGUCGACGUGAGGCUGUUGAAGGACCCCAAGGUUUGCGAGCGUCACUUCAAGUCGGAACACCUGCGCACAACGUCAACGUAUACGGACUGCGAUGGACGAACCAUUGAAGCUCCUAUGAAGUUGACACGGCUGACUCCAGACGCCUUCCCAGCCAUUUUUCCAGACUGCCCUUCGUAUAUCUCGAAUUCGCGCACGUCGCGAGAAGAGCCUGAACUGAAAAGGAAGCGGACUGAAAAUGAGCUACUCCAGAAAGCCAUACACGAGUCCCAAGCAGCGUUUGAAAAAGAAGAAAAACAGUACAAAGUUUGUAAUCUGGGUGAACUGAUUUCUCGGGUUAACGAGCGUCCAAAUAAGAAGUUUUGGUGUACAACAGCCUGCGAGACGUGCCUCAUCGUCGCCCACAUCGAACCGGCGUUGCAAGCUCCGGAGAUGCUUGUAUCUGUGGUGGUUACAGAGGAUCUGUCCGUUUCCGUGUAUUUUAAGUGCGCUCCGUUGGUGUCGGAUGAUGUGUGCAUUCCUGACGAAGUCCGUGAUGUCCGUGUGCUGGACAACCUUCUAGACAGCGUGGAGCGAUAUUGUGAAAAGAAGGCCCGUCAACAGGAGGACAAGGUGGGAGGAGUGCUUAGGCUUGUUUUAUCCUUGCUGGAUGACAUUUGUGAUGAUGAGCUGCAUGAUGAUGAGAGGGCUGACGCACUAAUCUUCCUGAAGGAGCAGUGCAAGCUGCUGACAAAGAAGAGCAAUGGCGUGCGGUAUUCUGCAGAGCUUUUAGUUUUUGGCAUUCCUGAAGGCGACGCCAAGAAGCCACCGCCUCCCCAUCGGGUCGUGACAUUCGCCGGCCAAGACAUUGAGAGGACGAUGAGUGCCGAGAUGACACAAGACGUGGUGGCCACGGCACCAAUGUUCGCAGCGCCGACUAGCGACCCCGCCCACCUGACCUCCGGGGAGUUGCAGCACCUGCGACUGCUUCACGCAGACGCCGUGCAGGUAUUAGAUAUACAAGAGUGA